AGUACUUCAAUACGUUUCAAACGAUUUCAGAUAAGGAGGCUUCGUGUUAGUGAAAUUCUAGAUCGUUUCGUCAUUCUAUAAUCUACAUUCUCGAAACCGUGUUUGUGAUUCAGCAUUAGCUUUUAUUGUUUUGAUUUUAUGUCACUAAAAUUUUUAAAUUGUUGGUAGUACCGCACUUCGUGUUAGUACUUAGUAUGUGACAGUGACAAUACAGUUAUACAAAAGUACCUAAUUAAUAAUUUAUGUUUGAAAUUCCUCACUGUAACUCGUAAUGAUGUUAAACUACAAAAAAUAAUUAUUUAUCAAUAUAUUUAUUGUAAUCUUAUGCUUAUUCCAAACAAUAAUGACAUGCAUUUUAUGAGUGCUAUUUAAAUCGACAUAAACUGAUAAAUUGAGUUCAGAAUGGAUAAAAGCGCUUACGAGACUUAUGAGUACCUACCAAUCAAUAGUACAGAUAAUGAUGCUAAUCAAUUUUUCGUUGUUCAAGAUGAUGGCACAUUUCUUACUGUUAACAGACCUGUCCAGUAUUUGACUCAAGUUGAAGAUGGUAAAGAGGUACUUGAUGGAACACAACCCUGUGCUGUGUAUGAUGUCAACCCACAACAGUUUUAUGUUGAUGUGGAUAAUUCAGCUGAACUCAUUUCUGUAUCUGAUCAAUUUGUUAUACCGGAAGGAGAAAGCAAUAUGUACACAAAUAGUUACUUGCUGCAAGCAGUAGAAAAUGAAAAGGAGGAACAGAUGGAUCAAGAUAAUGUUAAUGAAAACAAAGAAAAAUCAGACACUGAUGAAAGUAGACCUGUCGAUGAAAAUUGUGACAGCAAAAAUGAUGAUUGUACUGAGAUAACUCUUAGUGAUGAGCAGUAUCAACUCUUAGAAAAAAAAGGUUGGAUAUUAUUAGAAAUAAGUGAAAAAAUAUUUUUAUUGGACAAUAUGGGACUACAUGACAUCACAGAAGACGAAAAAUUAAUUGAAAAGUUGAAAAAUGAAAUUUAUGCUGAUAACAAUGAAGAGGCUCUUGCAAGCUCUAUUAAAACUGAAAAUGGAAAUGUUUCUUAUGAGAAUUCUGAUUUAGUACAUGAACAAAAUGCUGAAGAACUAGUAAACUAUGUCAUUGACGAUGCAGGUGAUGAAGAUAAUGAAGAAAACUCACAGGAAACAUUGUCGUAUCAUGACAAUGAACAAGAUAUAAGUAUGCCUGCGUUAGUUUAUGAAGAAGAAUUAACUGAAAAUGGACAUGACUAUGUUAGACUUAAUUCUGUGAAAAAUACAUCAGUUAAAAGAGACAAUAAUGCUCUAAAAAUAAAAACAAGCUUUUCUUUCAAAGACAUUCCACCUCAAAUAGUAUUAGGUAGAACUAUACAUGGUAAAAAAUUAGUGGCAAGUGUGAAGACGGAAAAAGCCUAUAAUACAAGUAGAACAUCAAAACAAUCAAAUUCAAUCAAAACAGGACAGGAUGCCCAGCAAAUACAGCCAUGUAACACAAGUUUGGAUGAAACCAAAUUUGACAAUUUAAUUCAAGAAGCACUAAGUGGUAAUGCUGAGAAAUGUAGUAUGAAAGAUGUUACGGCCGCAGAAAUUGUUGUCGAGCAACUGCUACGUGUACCUGCCUUCAAACCAACUGUUAUGGAAAGACGCUUGCUUAUUACUAAGGUAGUCAUACAAGAAUAUGAACAGUCUGGUCAAAUGUAUACAGAGACCAUCCCUACACUUGUAACUGGCCAGGUUGUAAAGAAUGGAGGCAAAAUUGGUUUUAUGUAUAUACCUGAUAUGUUACGAAUGUCUAUUGAAGAUGAAGAAAACGAUGAUCUGAACCAAAGAAAUAGAGAUGCAGAUGAUGACAAUUUCUUGCAUAUUCAUAUAAGGGAAAUGAAAGGUGUGGAUGGCAUAAUAAGAAUUUCAAUAACACUGAACAAAAGACAUAUUCCAAUAAAAGAAAUGACCGAUGUUAAUAUUCAUCAGAAACUGGUAUAUGCUUGUAGUGCCUGUGCAGCAGUAUAUAAAACUGAAGAAGGUCUUCGAUUGCAUCAAGAGACUGAAUGCAUGGAAACGGAUGAUGUGUUAACUAUAGAUGCAGGAAACUCAAAUAAUUCAUAUACAAUAGUUAAUUCUGGUAAAGACAACCAGUAUAUGUGUAACCAAUGUCAUUCCUUAUUUACAAAACUAAAUAAUUGCCUCAAGCAUAUUAAAACACAUUAUGAGCAUGAAAAAGUAGAUAAAGGUUCCGAGGCAACCCCCAAUGAUAGUAAAAAGUUUUUAAAAGCUGUUUUUAAAUGCAAAAUGUGCCCAAGUACAUAUUUUCAUGCAGCAACACUCUCAAAACACAUUGUAUCCAAACAUAUAAAAAUUAAGACAAAAUAAUAAAGAAUUGACAUAAAGAAUUAGGUAUUUAUUUA